GCAAAGGCAAAGCAUGUCUUUCUAGGAGUUGCUUCAGGAGUCAGAAGGCGCGGUUCAGUCACUAGAGCUCAAAUGUUGAUCCUGUAGGUGUAGUUCGUUGAUGUAGUUGCGACGUUCUUGAAGCUGAGUUGUUCUAGCACUAGUACUAGUAUCUACUUAAAGUAGAUUUUUUGCGAGCACAAAAAUGUCCUCCUCUGUCGUAAAGAAGCAGCCGUCGCCUUCGGGUAUGGCUGCGCCUGCUCUUGUUCCCCGUUUCGGCGAGCAUGAGGACGAGGGACCUGUGCUAGUUGACAGGGCUGAACACGACAUCGACCUUGCUAGAAUAGACGAGGUGGAUCCACAUCAUCUUCCAGAGCCGCAUCAAGAAGAUGACAGUAUAGGAGGCGUUGUAGGAGGGUCUUCAUCAAACACGACUGGACAUGGUUCGAACGGAGAACAGGGGGAUCAACAGCGACGUCACAAUGAUGAGAAUCGAGAUGCAGCACAGGAUCAUGUUCAUCAUGACGAGGAAGAAGACAUCAACAAUGUGUUUGAGAUUCGAGAUUUUACUGCCGCUUCACCACUGGAGAAACUGUCGCGGGAACUUGAGCUGAUAGUGAAAAGCUGGAGCAAUCACUUUCGAACCUCUGCUGAAGUGAUCGCAGCAGCCGCCGAAUGCAAGCAGCAGGCACAUGUUUGUCAUGCACUUGGUAUGCUCUCUUCUAGUAGUUCUCAACAUCCGAUUCCGACUCCGAGUUCACCUUCACGACCGCUAUCAAAAUCAUUGGAGAGCGAGUUUUGCUCCCUCGCUGAGUCCUUCCGCCACACCUUGCAGAUGUACGCGCAACAUCGGACUUCGCAAGGCCGAAUGAUCGCUAGGUUUAGGUUCAAUGCCAUCAAGUACCAACUACAUGUGUACUACGGCCGUCCGACACCAUUGUCGGUUUCUGACGACGUGGUGAACUUCUUCUAUCAAGAGCCAGAACUAGAUCAUGGCACAAUAAAAACAACGUCCUCCAUCAACAUAAAGAGUAAAAACAAGGACCAAGAAGAAGGUGCUGAACUUCAGAUGAUUCGCAGACUCGUCCAAGAAGUAGUACAAGAUGGAAAUUCCAAGUUUCCGGUCAAAUGUCAUCCGCAUACACGCAGAUUUGGAGUUAGACAGUUCUUGAUGGUCACGCGCGAGAGGGAAAGCCAGGAUAUAGCUGACGACAGCGCCAACUUCAUUCUCUCAGCAAUGAUCAUGGCGAUCCGGUCCGCUUUUCCAGCUGGGGGAACGAGGGACGAUCAUGUGGUUCCGAGAAAACGAACUACGCCAGAAGGAGGUGACGACGGCGAGGGAAGUGGAGGCAGUGCAGAAGAUGCAAGAAGAGCUAGUAAAAGGUCGAAGUACAACAACUCCAACGCCGCUGUUGAGGGCAGCAAGAGUCGACCAGAUGAAAGUAUGGUCUCUACCAGGUCCAGGAGGACGAGCACAGCCGUGGUCGCAGCUUCUUCUUCUGGUGACGAUCCUCGCGAUCGUUUUGUUGAUGUCCCUUGUUUCGUUUGCCAGAGCCUGGGGGAGGGUGCUGGUGGAAAAACGAUCGGAGAAGGCUUCCACAAAGCAGACGAGAAGUUGUAUCUGCGCCGUCGCUACAUCGCAUAUGCCAGACGAAGAGUGGACCCGGCGUUGAGAGACCUGCCAGGACUGGUCGAGUUUUGGGAGACGUUGAGGGGGAAAUCAGUUUCCGGAUCAGUAGCGUCGACAAGAAGGAGUCGUAAUGGAAAGGGACAACACAGAUGGAGAUGGCGGAAAAGUGAAUACCCUGGUGGUGGUGGUGGUGGUUCCUCUUCUUCAUCUACUAGUGGUCCUCUACAGGAGCAGCGAGCCCCAUCUACUAGCGGUCCUCUACAGGAGCAGCGGUCGUCGGGCUCGACACUCUCUUCGAAUCAGAAUCACCAUUCUGAGCAGUACGGACCGCAGAUUCGUGCUCGUUACGUCUACCUGUGUGAAGAUUUUGGUCCGAGUACAGUUGCCGCCAGAACGCUAGAGUUGAUGCAGCUUUUCUGCAUUUGGGGACCUUAUUCUCGUAACGAUUUUGCAGGGUUGGAGGAAGAGGAUGAACAAGCUGUACUUGGUACAAAUGAAGAUGCUGUGACAUCAUCAGGCAGGAAGCACCAGCUAGCACCGAAGGAUCAUGCUGACCGAGGUUUGGCUGCUCAUCUACUCGAGAGCGAAGGACAGCAUCAGGAGGGUUCUCUUGCUCAAGCGGGACAGUCUUCUCUGCCAGCAUCGCCUCCGACAGGGGUGCCGAAGCCACCUCCACCGCCACCUCCUCCACCGACAGCACCUCCACGAGAACCGAGGAUGGACCCCUGUGCUCUAAACCCAGAGAAUGCGGAAUUAUGGCAGUUUCGCGUUACCUGUGCUGAGGCGGAGAAAAGACGGUCCCCUAUCCGCGAUUACGUCGAUUAUUUCCUUGACUUUGAGUCCGAAACUAGCCAAACCGAGUCUGUGUCACAGUUUCUAGGCAUGUCGUCUAGUGGUGCAGCGGCGGUUGUUCCUAGUCUUUCUACCAAGAAAGGAGGUAUGGGAGGCGGUGGUCUAGCUGGUACUAUAGGGAGUCCAACACUACGUUCAUCGAGUAGAACAACGACAGGACUGUUGGAGCCACAGUCCGGGGAGCAGGCAUCGGGUGGCUUUCUCGGAGUUGGAACGCUGAGUGCAUUGGGUCAGCACAUCGCUUCGGCAUAUCAAGACUUGAUAUUAUGGGUUGUUUCUCUGGUUGUGGUUGUACUUAGAGUACAAGUCGUGCUGUCCACUUGUCCUCUGCUCUAGCAUUACUAUGUAUCCUUUGCUAGUUCUGCGUGUGUGCAGUCUGUGUGAUCAAAUAGAGUGAGCAUUCAGAAGUAUUUUAGUACAUAAUUACAACCUUUUUCCCCUCUAAUCGAUCUCCCAAGUGACGCAGAGCAAAACCUCAUGCUAGAACGCUGUUUGAAUCCCACAGCAGCCGGUGGGUACAACAUCAAGAGCAGUCAGCAGCAACAAGCUAUCGAGAUCUUUCGGCAGUACGAGCUACAGUGUGCUGAGAGUCGGCGUAUUGCCGAGCGAGAUGCAGAGACGUUCCAGAAGUCGGAUCUGAGUAGCAUCCUCCGCGACUGGGAGAAGCAUUCGUUUACCAGCUUCCGGGACGCACUGGAAACGACGGUGCCAAGGUUGCACUUUGAUGCAGAACAAGAGGCACCUUUAGACACCCAUUAUGUCGAGGCUGGAAAAAAUGCUAAAAAGAGUACAACUACAGCGAGUUCUUCUCCACCUUCUAGCCCACUACAACCGGAAGCUGCGAACACUGUACUACACGAGAACUCUUCAUCAUCUGGCUCGCCAACGAUUACGGAACGACCCUACGUUCGAACCCUUAGAGCGUUAAACGCUCUAGAUCGCACCUUACGCGAUAGGCUGAAAGGCGCGCCUUCGAUGCUCAAUACUCUUGUUGAAGAGCUAGUUUUGCGAAAAGCAGUUGUGAACUUUCGUGCUCUAUGUACGAUGUACAUGAAACUAGUCGCCAGAGUCCGGCAGAAGUGGAACUCGAGACAACUCUAUGGCGGAACUGUUUUUUCCGCUGUGGGCAGGACCCUUGAGGAUGAUGAUGAGGCGGAGGAAGUGCCUCCUUUCUCAACUGAUGCGACUUAUAAAGGAGUAGACCACACUGGUGGUGUCGUAUCUUCAGAGGACAACGAUGCCACCUCCUCGUCCGAAGAAGAAUUCGAGGAUGCAGCAGAAGGAGAAGUGAAAGACGGAGCUGCACUCGAAAGCUAUCCUUCAUCUUCAAGUAGAAGAAGAUCUGCAUCGGCCGCAUCCAAUAAACAACUGUUAAGACGUCUAUCUCCCCAAAAGCGGCUCCAGAUUCGCAAUCGAGCGUUGGCCGAGUUAGGUUACAGACGUUCGAAGGUUGCGGAUUUUCGCUAUUGUCUGCUGCACCAACGCCUCCACGUAAUCUGGCAUUGUAUCAAGGCUGAGUUGGACAUCCCUGAUCCGGUGGACUUUGUGCGGAGCGUCGCGGAAGACGACGAUGGAGGUAGGAGUACUCCUACUACUAGUAAUUAUGCGCAUCAAGUAGCAGGUGCAGGAGCAGGUCUAGUAGGUGCUUUUGCAGCAGGUGUCAUGUCUGGGCCUGGCGGCAUGGGAAGUGACAACAUCCUUACCAUUUCAGACGUUGCUGAAGGAGGGAUGGCGUCAACGUUCGCUGGUGGUGCCGCAUCAUCGUCUGAAGACUCUGCAGCUUCUGGCGGGACUUCAUCGAAUAUUCACGAUGCACCAGUGAUCAACGGUGAGGAAAUGACAGGUGUCGGUCUUGUGCAAGCACCAUCGAGAAAGCAGCUCAGCACCACGUCUGCAGGGGUAGGAGGUGGCACAACAGCACCCGCAACUCAUCUAGCUAACAAGAUCAUGACCGUAAAACUGUAUACUCCACCUCCAGAAGCUCCUGGCGCUGCAUCUGCGGAUGAUCCGUCGUCAUCUUCCAGUGCACUAUCUUCCACUAUUAACGGACCAUUAGGUUCUGUAAGAGUCGGCACUUCCGCAGCUUCCUCCUCCACAGCGCCUCGCAUAACACUUGCUACAGCCCCAUUGCUCGCUGAAGAUACGAUUGCGAUGAAAAAGUACGCACUUGCGCCGAUGAUCGAGCUACAACGGAAUCCAGCGGCAUUCACGGUCAGUGCUGGUCAAAGUCGCCAGACGCGUGAAGACCUUGCAAUUUUGCUCAAAAUACAGGAGCAGGUAGUACGUUUUCAGGACCUCUAUUUGUUUUGUUAAGUACAUUGAAGGUCUUGAUACAAAGGAGUUUAGGGUUAGAACAUGAACAUCACAUUUCUGUUACUUAGUACAGUGAGAGUUACAUCGACGCGCCCUCUAUCUCCGCACGUCCAGGUACCCAAACACGACUGCGAACGCUUUCUGCAAGCUUGGCCCGAUGGCACCUGCCAACAGUUUGUCGAGUGGUACAUCAGUGAAGGCUACGCAUCGGCUAACGACGAACAAGAACUAGCUUUGCUAAAGGGGGUUUUUGCUCAGGUUUUAUGUGAGAAAGAAAUGGGCGAGGAGAUUGGUGGCGAAACGGGAGCAAUUACUCACGGUUUAGCGUCCAUAGUGUCUCGGAACAAGGCAGUGGAGAAUGCGAAAGAGUUCAGCAGAAAACAACAAAAAGAAACGAGUAUGCUGGCACAAGUAGACGAAGCAGGAGGAGGUGUGAGUGCAAGUACUUCGAAUGAUCAUAUUAUGGCAACUGGUUCUGGUACUGCAGGCGUAGUUGAUUCAAGUUCCUCUUCCAGUACUAAUCGUCCUCCGCGUCUCUUUGGUGGUGUCGUUGUUCCGCCUAGUGGGAAUAGUCCUGUAAGAAAAAGGGAAAGCGUUGCAGUCCCAGGAGGAGGUGGCAAGAAAGGGGAAGUUACGCCUGGAGGAGGUGGCUCAGCAGACGCCUCUGCAACGACUACAACAAAGCGGAAUAAAUCCUCUAGGCCCACUUCGGUCCUCGCUGGCAGAAUGCAGGAGCAUUUUUUCUUGGACCUGAGUCUGUUUGACCCAGCGAAAGAAGCAGAGCUGUCUCUCUAUUACCUCGAAAACGUUACGACGCAUGAGUUUUGGACGCAAAUUUUUCAGGUCGGUUUCCAAGUCUUUGUUCGAGACUUUAUCGAGAAAAAUCUGGCAUUGCUUCUUCGCUACGAGAGCUUUUUUCUGGGGCGAUUCCUGCUUCCACUAGAGGAAGAGCUAAGGCGCGUCUUUUCUGUGGACGGUUUUUCGUCGUUUAGAUCGCGAAGUGGUUCGACUUCGCCUACAGGAUCACGGAAAAACAGCAUGAUUGCAAAGGAGUAUGAUCAAACUGUUGUUGAGGAAGGACAAGGCGGUCCUCCUGCAAGAACUUCAUCGAGACCUGCAGAACCUGAAUACGACGCACGAAGUCAAGGAUCAGCAGAAGAUGCCUCUUUCGGAACACCGGAGCCCUCUGUCGCGGGAGCAGAUGUGGUUGUUCCGUCUAGUAGUUCUAAUUCAUCUACAGCUCCUGCUAUUAAAGACGUAGAUGAUCAUGAGUCUAGUUCUAAUUCUGCAGCUGCUAAAGUAGAUCAUGACCCACUUGCUUCGCUGGAUGAUAUCUUUAACCCUUUUGCAGAGAUACUAGGAGCAGGUGAGACCACAACGACCACAGCGGAAGCGGUGCAGGCUCCGCCUUCAGCACAACCUGCUUCUUCUGAGGGAAUUCCGAAUGCGUCAGCAGAACCAACGGUCUUGGCUUCCACCACAUCUACUGCAGCUGCCCCAGAGAGCAGAAGAGCAAGAGCGAGCAAAACCAAAAGCAAUAAAAAUCCCAAAUCCACUUCAUCCUCAGUAGCCUCAAGAAGCAGAAAGAGACCAAUCCCUGACCCCUUCGCUUCUGUGACGGAAACCGGCACUGUCCCUGUACCCCAUCCCCAAGAGUUUCAGGAUCUCGGGGUGCUGUUAGAUAGCUUCCAUUUCCAUCUACAACUCGCACAAUCACUGGAAGCAGUGCUGGAUUCCGAUGAUGUUGCGGCGCGAGACAUCAUUCUCCAAGUCCUGCAUAGUCCUCAGAGGCUCUGCUCGGUUCCCUUAAGCAGCUUAGCGUCUUCGGCUGAGAUGAGCCACAUGACCUCAUUGAAGGAAAAUCAAAAUCCUGAUACAGCAUCAGCCUCAAUAUCAAGGAAGAUUGCCACGCAGAGGAGACUUCUGGAGAAGUGCUUUACACCCUUCGGUCUGCAGGAGCUGCCAGCAUCCGUUCGCGAGUUUCUGGUGGAGGAUGAUCGCGCAAGAGUCUACGCAGAGAUUCGGGAUAGCUAUGUUCGUUUGGCAGCGAACUAUGUCAGUUUUUAGAUGAUAAAUUAGUCUUGGACAGGAUUUGGAUCAUCCCAACACUAUCCUCGCUAUGAAUUAGAGGACAUCACCUCGACUUUGUCCACGACAGAACUGCAGUGUGGCGUCAGUUUCGCGAAGCGCGACUAUCGCUCUUGUUCCACAUAGAGCGACAACGAUCUAGAUCCAAUGAUCAGAGUACAAGAAGAACUGAGACCAAAUGAUAUUAUUUCGACGAAGUGGACGAACACGGAGAUUGUAGUUGUUGUCUUGAUGCGUGUCUUCUCCCGAAGAUAUAAGUUCUUCAUGCAGCAGCGCCAGCAGUUCACUGGUACAUUGCAGACGAUGAAGUGCGUGCAUGAGUCUACUCUUGGUUGCACUGGUUGCGAAAUUUUCA